AUGGUCACCAAACUGAAUAUUGUUCCAGUCUUGAUUUUCCUCCUCUUCCAAUACUCAUAUUCAGCAAAGGUAACAUAUAACGUCCUUAGUUUUGGAGCCAAAGCCAAUGGCCGCUUAGACUCAAGAAGUGCGUUCCUAAAAGCAUGGGGUUUGGCCUGUAAUUCAACAAAUCCCGCCAUCAUCUAUGUACCCAUUGGCAGGUACUUGAUUGGUUCUGCAAUCACAUUCUCCGGCCAAGCAUGUAAGAGCAAAGCCAUCACAAUGAAGAUAGAUGGUACUUUGGUGGCUCCCUCAACGUAUAAUGCAAUAGGCAACGCCCAAGUUUGGAUUAAGUUUUACCGGACUAACCAUGUUACCAUCUCCGGUGGAACCCUUGAUGCCCAAGGUUCUUCUCUAUGGGCCUGCAAAUCCUCUGGAAAGACAUGUCCUAAAGGAGCUACGGUAAGUACUAUUAUGCUUGCAUGCACCCCUUAUAAACAUUGA